UUAUAAAUAGAGAAAAAGAAGAAAAAAUUAUUAUAACCCUAAAUUUGAGCGACUAUAUUAUUUAAUUUAUAUUUAUUUUAUUCACUUAUUUUACAUAACUAAUAAUGUCUAUGAAUAGAAGUCUUCCUCAAAGUAAAGAAGCCUUAUUAAAAUCGUAUCGCACAAGACUAAAAGAUGACGUAAAAAGUAUGUUAGAAAACUUUGAAGAAAUUGUAAAGCUUGCCAAGGGAGAACAUGAUACACAACUUUCACGUAUGACUCGAUGUGAGCAAGACACUUAUGAAAUGCAUGUUCGUGCAGCAAAUAUUGUGAGAGCUGGUGAAUCCUUAAUGAAAUUAGUAUCUGAUAUAAAACAGUAUCUUAUAUUGAACGACUUUCCUUCAGUAAAUGAAGCAAUCACGCAAAACUCCAAGCUAUUUAGGACAAAACAGGCAGAGUGUGAUCAGAAGUUGAUGUCCCUUAGAGACGAUAUGGCAGCCGAUUUGUAUGAUCUCGAAGAGGAAUACUAUAAUAGUAUAAAUAAAUAACAUGGCUUUUGUUGUUGGUAAGAUUAAAAAUUCAUUAUAAUAAUUUAUGUCAUUAGGCACUGGGUAUUUAUUUGAAUUUUUCAUUUUCAAGGGUCAUUUUACCUUAUCAAUUAACGUGAUAUCUAAUUUAUCCAGUAAUGCUGUCAUGCCCCAUUUACAUAUUUGUAAAUUACAUUAAUUAAUAAAAAAAUAAAGUCAGA